AUGGCGCAGUUCGGUGCAGCAACAACUGGACGAGAGGUUGUCACAGCCCUCCCGGAACGUGUUAAAGACAAAACAUUUCUUAUCACAGGACCUUCUCUAAAUGGCAUUGGUUCAGCGACAGCCUACGCCCUAGCAACCGCGUCUCCCCGAACUCUCAUUCUAAUCGCCCGCUCCAAAGCCAAGUACCAACCUGUAAUCGACAAGAUCCACGAGAUUGACGCCUCAAUCGAUGUAAAGUUUAUUGAAACAGAUCUAGCCUCUAUGGCAAGCGUUCGUAACGCUACUGAGGCUAUACUUUCCGACAGAGACAUCACGGCAAUCGACGGAGUGUUCAACAAUGCAGGUGUCAUCACCAAUGAUCUUGUGCGGACGGUAGAUGGGUUUGAGAGUCAAUUUGCAAUCAACCAUCUCUCGCACUUUCUCCUCACAAACAUGCUUAUGCCUCGACUGUUGACAUCGUCCUCCCCAAGAGUCGUCAACAUCUCGAGCCUCGGACACAAAUACUCCGAACCAACAUUCCAUGAUCCCCACUUCAAGGACAUAGACCCCAAGAGCUACAGCCCAGCUGAGGCAUAUGCUCAGUCCAAAGGAGCUCAGAUUCUCUUCUCCGUAGCACUUAACCGGCGGUAUGCGCAAAAGGGACUUCGGUCCUUUGCCGUGCAGCCAGGGAACAUGGACAGUGGGAUGUAUAGUCAUAUGAAGCCUGAAGUAUUGAUGGAUAUGGCACAGAGAAUUACGGGGAGGAGUCUUGAAGAUGCAAAUGAGGCGCUUACGAAGACGGCUGAAGGAGGUUGUGCAACUGGUAUUACUGCCGCGUUGGCACCAGACCUGCCUGAUGGUGUUUUCAUGAAUGACUGUCAAGUUACUAAAGAUCCUGAGAUUGUUGCGGCUUGGGCGCAAAAUGCUAGCAAAGCAGAGGUCUGUUGGGAAGUGAGUGAAGAAGCGGUUGGGCAAAGAUUUGCCACAGACCUGGCAUGA